AUGAGUUACGAUGUUCGACCACCUUUAUUUGGUUCGCCUAUUGUUACUGCUAUUGCAAGAUCUUCCUAUUUGACAGAGACAGGUUUAGUGAUUCCUGGUAUUGUUGCCCGAUGUUUUCAAGAAAUUAACAAAGAUUUGAAAGUUGAAGGACUAUUUAGGAGAUCAGGGUCUGCGUCAGUAUUAAAUCAAUUACAAUGUCAAUUUGAGCAAAGCGAUGACCCAUUUCAAGUCGAACCUUCUAUUCCAGUAACAGUUCAUUACUGGACGGGAUUAUUGAAGCGUUAUCUUCAACUCUUGCCUGAACCUCUGAUUCCGCAAUGCAAACAGCCAUUAUUCUUAGAAGCUCUUGAUUCAGAAAAGUUUCGAGUAGCAAUGGAAUCUAUGCCUUUAGAACAUCAUCAUCUGCUAAAGUAUCUUCUUCAGUCUAUUCGAGUGGUGACUGACUAUAGUUCUGCAAAUCAUAUGUCAGCCUCUGCUAUGGCUAUUAUUGUUGCGCCUACCUUUGUUCAUAUAGAUGCCAUAUCUCAACUUAUGCAGCAAUCAACACCUGCUCUAGAACCUAUCCCAUUAUCUUCAUGGAGAAAAGCAACCCAAAGGCUUUUGAGUGUUACUGUACGGAAACGAUCAUCUAAUAAGCAACUGGUAUCUUCCAUGUCUACCCACUCAGUACCUUUCCCUUUAUAUCAACCUCAGCAUAUUCUUCAGUUGGAUCUUGUCAAGCAAAGCUCCCAGUGGGCUAAUACGAUCGAGUAUUUGAUUUUAAAUGUUCAUUUUUUCAUUGCUAGGAAACCAAAGAAGAAAACACUAAAAACGGUGACUACCCCAAAAAAGGAAACAGUCUUUAACUCCAUAGCUGAUCGAAUGUUCUCUUUUUUUUUUUUUUAUGCUGUAGACCCGAACAUCACCUUCUCAUCGGAAACCAUCGGUUGA